UAUUUUGCAAUAAAAAUCAUCCUAUUUAUAAAAAUUUUAUACGCCAAAUCAAAAAUUUUCGCUGUGUUAUAAAGGUUAUAAUUGGUUAAAUUAUUGAACUUUGACUAAGUUCGUCCAAUAAAAUUAUACGUUUUAUGUAUAUUGCGGUUAGCAAGAUGGCGGCGAUUGUAAGUAGAAAUGUUUCUAAAUUCCUGAAAUCUGCUUAUGGAAUCAACAGAAGAGCAAUAUGUGUAUCUCAUGCUUGUCAAGUUCCCAAGAAUGGUACAGUUGAUCCAGAGAUAAAAGAUGUGAAUUCAGCUAUAAUGGAUCCAGAAGAACAAAAACAUCAAGAAUUAUUACAGGAAACAAUUACAAUUGACACUCCAAUGGACAUUUCAGCUCUAACUGGUGUGCCUGAAGAGCAUAUAAAAACUAGACGAGUAAGAAUUUUUGUUCCCACAAAAAAUGCCAUGCAAUCAGGAACGAAUAAUACUCAUCAUUGGAAAAUGGAAUUUGAAACAAGAGAGAGAUGGGAAAAUCCAUUAAUGGGUUGGUCUUCUACAGGUGAUCCUUUAUCAAAUAUGAAUAUAAAAUUUUCAAGUAAGGAAGAAGCAAUAGCCUUUUGUGAAAAAAAUGGAUGGCCUUAUUUUGUGGAUGAACCUGUUCCUAGAACACUUAAACCAAAGAGUUAUGGAGCCAACUUUUCUUGGAACAAAAGGACCAGAGUAUCAACUAAAUAAUUAAUAUAAAUAUAUAUUGUAUAUAGACAAUUACAUAAUAGUUAAAAAUUAGUUAGUUAAAAACAUACUGUAAUGUUUUAAAAACAUAAGAGUGGAUUAAUAAAUAAAUGGCCAUGGCAAACAGUACUUGAUUGCCCAAAUGAUCCACACACAUAAAUUUGUGAAAAAUGAAAAGUAACUAAUUUAAAUAAAAUCAAAUAAACAAUUUUAUAUGGUUUGUGUUAAAUAUUAAUUCAGUACAAUAAUUAUUUAACUUUUCAACAUGUCAGUAUUUUAUUGGAAAAUAUGUAAUAAGUUCAUGAUGAUGGACAUAUUUAACCGUCUUCAUAGAUAUAUAUCUAUGAACCUAUUUAUAUGAAAAUCUCAAUUAUGUAAAUUUGCAUAAUUAAAUUAAAAAUUUCUGUUCUUUGUAGUAUCAAAACUUUAAAUAAAUUACUAA